UUUCAUCCAACAGCGGCUGGGCUAAUUUGCGCCGUCCGGCCCGAGCAAAGCACGUGAGUGACGCGAGCUCACCGGUAGCUUACAGCUUAGCCACCGCGCACAGCUCACCCAAAAAAAGGCUGCCGCGCGACGCGUGCGAGGCAGCCCCAGCAGCCGCGAGGACAGGGCAGCCCCACGAGCGCCAUGGACGAGGCCGCCCUCGACGCCCAGAACGAGGUCGAGGUCGUGGAACAGUAUGAGAUAAGUGAUGAUGAGGCCGACGAAUUUGAUUAUGAUGCCGUCGAAGCGCCGGACGACGAGGACGACGACGACGACGAUGAUGAAGACUUCGCUGCCGCUCUUGCCAGUGUACAAAGAUUAGACGAAAAAUCAAGAGCCGGAAGCACGGUAGCCUCCCAAAGGGACAUAGGAACACCGGCGGCCAAACCGACGUUAACUCAAGUCAGACCUGAAGUGGUCGACGAUUUUAUACGCAACUUCCUGAUCAAGGUGGGCAUGUCGAGGACCCUAGAUAACUUCAACAGCGAGUGGUACGACCUCCAGCAGAAGGGGAAGCUGGCCGAAGUGUACACGGACACGGUUCCCGACAUAUAUGUCCGGAACCAGGACCUCGAUGAGAGAGUAGUAGCCUUACAACAGCAGCUCGACAAGAUGCGCAUCAUAACCGAAAAAGCCCAGGGCACCUGGGACAAGUUCCGCAAGGAGCGCGACUUCCAUCGCAUGCACCACCGGCGCGUGCGAUCGCGGCGUCCUCGAAUCGCUCAAAUCCCGCCCAAAAUCGGAAAGAAGACCACCAUGCAUCUUCUCUCGUGGAGACGAUCACAUAGAGACGCCUCGCGACGCAAACAGACGCCCACAUCACGCGAAACCGCCGCAGGUCGUUCAGGAAAAAGCGAAGCUUACGACGGACCUCCAGCGGUUGCGGAAGCACUACCUGUCGUACGAGCCGACCCUCAAGGACCUCCAGAAGAAGUACGAGGUGGCCAUGAAGGAGAAGAUGCUCACGCGGCUCGAGCGGGAUCGGAUCAAGGCUAGAGUACACACACUAGAAGCGCAAGUGCAGCAGCUCCAGGCCGAGAAGGCCGCGGCCACGAAGGCCCCAGCCACGCCGAAGCCGCCGCGGCCGAAGCGCGGCGCGGAUUCGAAGCUGCCACCUCGGGAUUCGGUGCCGAACCCCUACGCGUCCUUAACCUUCGACCCGCCGGGCAUCGAGCGGUAUCAGUUGAGAAGGACCUUCAAGGGCCACGUCAACGCCGUAUCUGCUGCAGCUUUUCACCCUCAUAAACCGAUCCUGGUGCGGACGCGGCGUCCGUUUCCGACCUUUCGUUUCCCAACUUUUCUGAUUCGCGUCGAUGGCGUCGUCGCGAUGCCGUGGCGCCUCGACGCCGUCGACGCGGCCGCAUGAGAGCCUACGCGUCGCGUGAGUGAACGGAGGCGGUGUCGCGACGACGUCGGUCUCACGCAGGCCACUGUUUCUGAUGAUGCCACCUGGAAGCUCUGGUCCGUCCCGAACUGCGACCUGGUCAUGUCCGGCGAAGGUCAUAGAGAUUGGAUUUCUGGGGUUGAUUUCCAUCCUGCUGGCAGUCAUCUUGCGACGGCUUCUGGAGAUAGAACGGUCAAAAUUUGGGAUUUUGCCGGUGCUGACUCAGUGUACUGAACCCGUCGCCGCGACCGCGACGGUCACGCGUUCGCGUCCCCGCAGGUGCCGCCUGCGCCCACACCUUCUCGGACCACACGCAAGCGGUCUGGGACUGCGCGUUCCACCAUACCGGUGACUUUUUGGCGUCGUGCUCGAUGGACCAUACGACUAGAUUGUGGGACCUGUCCUCCCUGAGAUGUCGGCAGACGCUGCGGGGCCACGUCGACAGCGUGAACGCCUGCGCCUGGCAGCCCUUCUCGAACAACAUCUGCACGGCCUCCGGCGACAAGACCGUGUCGAUCUGGGACGCCCGGUCGGCAUUAUGCGUGCAGACUUUUUAUGGACACACGAACGCGUGCAACGGCGUCGCCUGCAACGCGCGCGGCGACGUGGUUGCCAGUUGCGACGCGGACGGCGUGGUCAAGCUCUGGGACGUGCGCACGGUCACGGAGAUCGGCACGAUCCACGUGUCGACACACCCAGUCAACAAGGUCUGCUUCGACCGAUCUGGGACGAGGAUCGUGUGUGCUGGGGAUGAUGGUCUCGUGCACGGCUACUCGACGGACGACCUGUCGAGCGUGCUAUGGAGUGGUAGAGGACAUGAAGAUGCCGUCCAGGGGGUCUGCUUCGACCCCGCCGAUACGUUACUGGUGUCGACGUCGACGGACUGCACGUUCCGCAUCUGGUCGUAGGUUGGGGGCCUAAGCUUGGUGUCCUUCUACUGCUCGUGUACCGCGCGUCCGCGGGGCGCGCCUCUGCUUCUUGUUGAUGGGGAGCGUCGCAACGGCGUCCCAGAUCCCUCUGCUUUCACUUGUCGGUCCCCCAAAACCCCGUCUGGGACUCCGUGAUGACCUAUCCUACCAGACGCGGACCGCCGAGAUGCGACUCGAGAUGCAGGGAACGCGCGACAAUUGGUGGCUGUGCGUUGCCGCAUAAAUGCAGCUAACACCCUAAGAA